AUGAAUGAUUUCCACGCCGUAGAGCCCUUACGGUUCUGGGGCCCUCCGACUUCAAAAGCCAAUUUCUGCGAGAUGGACUACGCCAUCAGCAGAUACAUUGCCGAGUUUAUCAACAGUCUGUCAAAUAUCGUCUACGUAAUCUAUGGCAUCUACGGACUGCGCAAGCUCAAGCUGAGAGACAAUGGCGAUCUGCUGCGUGCGCUUCCAUACUGGGGUCUAAUGGCGGUCGGACUCUGCUCAUUUGCAGUCCACGUCAGCCUCAAAUAUAACACUCAAAUGAUGGACGACCUCUCCAUGCAUUUCGCCACAACCCCAGUCCUCCACCGCGUCUUGACGGCCAAUUCCACCCGCCGGAACUCAAUCACCACGGCCAUUCUGCUGGGCUCCAUAUUGUUCUCCUUAAUAGCAUACCACAUGUUAGCCGAUGAGCUGGUCCUGCAUUCAGUGUCCUUCGUCGCUGCGAUAACGCUCAUUGGGGUCUACAGUAUGCGCCUUGUUAACACCCGAACGCUCCCGGGCUCAGCUGUCCGGAGAGAGAUUUGGGGCAUGGUGAGAUUUGGGGCAGCGAUAUUCGAUCUGGGAUACUGGCUCUGGCUGCUUGAUCAGUGGGCCUGCGCAUUGCUGAAAGAUAUUCGAGAGGGGAUAGGUCUCCCUUGGGCAUUUCUAUUGGAGCUUCACGGGUGGUACGUAUCAGAUCCGCAUCCUUGA